AUGAAUAUGCCCUAUUUUACAAGGGUAUUCAGUAACUCGGAGCAAAGUUUGUCCUGGGAAGGACAACCUUUGCAUGGCCUUCCACCGGGUCCGCAUAAUCCGUUUCCGCAUUUGCUUGGAGGGGCCGCAGUUGGUGAUGGAGUCGUUCGACAAGGUGUUGGAGUUGGUGAUCGAGUUGUUACACAUGGAGUAGUAGGGGAUGGAGUCGGUCCACAGGUUGGGCUAGGUGAUGGAGUCGGUCCACAAGGUGUUGGAGUUGGUGGUCGAGUUGUUACACAUGGUGUUGGAGUUGGUGAUCGAGUUGUUACACAUGGAGUAGUAGGGGAUGGAGUCGGUCCACAGGUUGGGCUAGGUGAUGGAGUCGGUCCACAAGGUGUUGGAGUUGGUGGUCGAGUUGUUACACAUGGUGUUGGAGUUGGUGAUCGAGUUGUUACACAUGGAGUAGUAGGGGAUGGAGUCGGUCCACAGGUUGGGCUAGGUGAUGGAGUCGGUCCACAAGGUGUUGGAGUUGGUGAUCGAGUUGUUACACAUGGAGUAGUAGGGGAUGGAGUCGGUCCACAGGUUGGGCUAGGUGAUGGAGUCGGUCCACAAGGUGUUGGAGUUGGUGAUCGAGUUGUUACACAUGGAGUAGUAGGGGAUGGAGUCGGUCCACAGGUUGGGCUAGGUGAUGGAGUCGGUCCACAAGGUGUUGGAGUUGGUGAUCGAGUUGUUACACAUGGUGUUGGAGUUGGUGAUCGAGUUGUUACACAUGGAGUAGUAGGGGAUGGAGUCGGUCCACAGGUUGGGCUAGGUGAUGGAGUCGGUCCACAAGGUGUUGGAGUUGGUGAUCGAGUUGUUACACAUGGUGUUGGAGUUGGUGAUCGAGUUGUUACACAUGGAGUAGUAGGGGAUGGAGUCGGUCCACAGGUUGGGCUAGGUGAUGGAGUCGGUCCACAAGGUGUUGGAGUUGGUGAUCGAGUUGUUACACAUGGUGUUGGAGUUGGUGAUCGAGUUGUUACACAUGGAGUAGUAGGGGAUGGAGUCGGUCCACAGGUUGGGCUAGGUGAUGGAGUCGGUCCACAAGGUGUUGGAGUUGAUGAUCGAGUUGUUACACAUGGAGUAGUAGGGGAUGGAGUCGGUCCACAAGGUGGAGUUGUGCUUGGGCAUGGCUCAGUGGGAGCUACGGUGGUUGUUGUUUUAAUUGGGCAACCACAUGGCUCAGUGGGCCCUUCAGUGGGUGCUUCGGUGGGUGCUGCGGUGGUUGUUGUUGUAACUGGGCAACCACAUGGCUCAGUGGGCGCUUCAGUGGGUGCUACUGUGGUUGUGGUUGCCGUUGUAGUUGUCGUUGAAGCUGUGCAAUCACAUGGCCCAGUGGGUGCUUCGCAUGCUGCAAGUUUUGCUCAGCAUUGCUUUGUGCCCUCGUCGCCGUCCUCGUCAUCGUCAUCAACCUCCUCCUCCAUCCACGAUGUCGACGUCUUUAUUCCUCAGUCCAUUGGAGUGCAUACAUAUAAAAACAAGUUCCGUUCCACACAAAUGCCAGCACGUUUCGAAAUUACCGAUGCCGAUGCCUACUCCAACUCCGAUGCUAGCGUUGCUGUCGACGUCGACGCAUCAUAA